AUGGGGAUUGGAUUUUGCAGGAGCUCGAGGUACUCAAACCUCGUACUCAUCAUAAUUGCCACCACCACCACCUUGGCCAUGAUCUGCGUCCCGACGGCAGACGCAGGCCGGUUCGAGCUAAAGAACGAGCUCAGGGGGCUAAGGGGUCGAGAGGGGAUUCUCUCGGUCCGGUGCUGGUCGACGCACGACAGGUUGGGGAUAAUGACCGUAAUGCCGGGGCAAUCGAGGAGUUGGACGUUCAAGACAGUGAAGUUAUGGCCGUUGGCUUACACCGAGUUCAGGUGCGAGCUCGGGACCAAGUUCGGGUUAACGGUGCAAGUCGUUUUCAAAGCCGAUACAUCUUUCCUGUGGGAAUGCGAUAAGCCGAGGAAGGAUGAAUGCAUUUGGGUGGCUAAGAACGACGGGUUGUAUCUCCGGAGAAAGACUGCGUGGUUCGGACGAGGGUCCUACAAUGAUGUUCGCAAGAGCACUUGGGGUCGCGGGUCGUAUCUUCACUCCCGCGACGACUGA